AUGAUCCGAAAAAGCGCAGCUCUAACAUGCACUGUAAUCCUUUCAACACUCCUAACCUUUACACUAAUAACAGUCUCUGCAACUGAUCUCCAUGAUACCCCACAGGACCCAACAAUCCUCCAAGUCACUGACAAUCCCACCCUUAACAACAGAAAGUUCUUGCAAAAUGGUCUUAACCUUCUAGGAACUGAAGAGAAGUUCAACAUGUUCAUAAAGAACUACAACAAAGAGUAUGCUACUAGAGAAGAGUACAUGCACCGUCUUGGGAUCUUCGGCAAGAACAUGAUCAGAGCUGUAGAGCACCAGGCUCUGGACCCCACUGCAAUUCAUGGGGUCACUCCGUUUAUGGACUUGACUGAGGAAGAAUUUGAGAGAUUGUAUACUGGGGUUUCGGGUGCUAGUGCUGUACCAGUGGUGGAAGGUUCAAUGUCGUUUGUGGAUGCUAGUGGUUUGCCUGACAGCUUUGACUGGAGAGAGAAAGGAGCUGUCUCUGAUGUCAAGACGCAGGGUUCUUGUGGAUCGUGCUGGGCUUUUAGCACCACUGGAUCUGUUGAAGGAGCAAAUUUUAUUGCAACAGGGAAGCUUCUCAAUCUUAGUGAACAACAGCUUGUUGAUUGUGACAGGGUGUGUGACAAGACGGACGAGAAAUCCUGUGACGAUGGGAAACGUGGUGAAUGCAAGUUUGAUCCUGAGAAAAUAGCUGUAAAAGUUGCUAAUUUCACCAAUAUCGCUAUCGACGAGAACCAAAUUGCAUCAAAUUUAGUUCACCAUGGACCUCUUGCAAUUGGAUUGAAUGCAAUAUUCAUGCAAACUUAUAUUGGAGGAGUGUCGUGCCCACUUAUUUGUGGCAAGAGAUGGCUCAACCAUGGAGUUCUACUUGUUGGGUAUGGUGCAAGAGGGUACUCCAUUCUUAGGGGACAUGGUAUGUGUGGCAUGAACAAGAUGGUCUCUGCAGUGGUAACCAAGGUUGCCUAA